AAUAAAUUCUGAACUAACCAAAUAUAAAUUAUAUUUCCUCCCUUCUUUUUCGGUUUUCUAAAGCCAUAACUCUCCUUCUGGAUUUCAUCGACUGUUCAUCUCUCUCAUAAUCUUUCUCUCUCUAAGACGGCCGGAAACCGCUCGGUUGUCAGUUGUGACCGGUGAGCCGCUUUAUUGUCCGUAUUGACUUCCGGAGUUCUUUCCGGAGGAGUCGUCUUCAAUUAGUGGGCUUACAGAAACGGAGACGAACUAUUCUCUGCUAUCAUUGUGCGGUUCUCUGCGGUUAAGAAGUUUAACCGGUUAAUUCUUCCGAUCUCUUCGUCCGGUAGCUGUUUUGAGGGAAUGUACCGGAGAAAACGACUGAGAUCGUGAUCUAGGGUUGAGAUUUGUUGUUGCUGCGUUUGUUAUGUUUCUUUCCUUCUUCUUCUAUCUCGAUUGUAUGGUUUGGUGAAGUAAAGAGAAGACGGAGGGUUUCGGCGAUAAACUUUGGAAUGAGAUGGGGGAAGGGAGGGUUUGUUUCUCCAGAGAAGCCAAGUUGGAAUUUUUGAAGCAGAAGAGGCUUCAACGAAUGCAAACAGGCACAUUACAUAAUGACACUGCAUAUGUGACUAAUCUAAUGUCUAGAAGCAGUGGAGAUGCAUUAAGAGAUCCUGCAUCCUGUGGUGUGAGAUCAUUCAGAAAUCCAGAUGUAUAUGCAAAAUCUGGUAGUGGUCUGAAUGAGAGAGACACCAUGUCAAAGCAAAAGAUUGACAAAUUUGCCACAACUGAUCUUGAUUGGACUGAUAACAUGCCAGAAUGUCCAGUAUAUUUCCCAAGUAAGGAAGAGUUUGAAGACCCUUUGGCUUUUCUCCAAAAAAUUGCCCCUGAAGCUUCAAAAUAUGGUAUAUGCAAGAUUGUUUCCCCUUUGAGUGCCUCUGUUCCAGCUGGCAUGGUUUUAAUGAAAGAGAAAGCUGGUUUUAGGUUUACUACAAGGGUGCAGCCUCUUCGUCUUGCUGAGUGGAAUACUGAUGAUAAAGUCACAUUUUUCUUGAGUGGAAGAAACUAUACAUUCCGUGAUUUUGAGAAAAUGGCAAACAAGGUUUUUACACGUAGAUAUUACAGUGCUGGAUGUCUUCCAACUACAUAUUUAGAAAAAGAAUUUUGGCAAGAAAUAGCUUCUGGGAAAACCGAAAGUGUUGAGUAUGCAUGUGAUGUUGAUGGAAGUGCCUUUUCAUCUUCUCCCUCUGAUCAACUCGGAAACAGCAAAUGGAAUUUGAAGAAAGUCGCUCGAUUGUCCAGAUCCAUCUUGCGUCUUCUAGAAACAACAAUUCCGGGGGUUACCGAACCAAUGCUGUACAUAGGGAUGCUAUUCAGUAUGUUUGCUUGGCAUGUAGAAGAUCAUUACUUAUACAGCAUUAAUUACCAUCAUUGCGGAGCUGCAAAAACAUGGUACGGUGUACCUGGUCACGCAGCAGUAGACUUUGAGAAAAUCGUUCGUGAAAAGUUUACAAAGCUGUUCAAAAGCCCGGUGAAUACGUCAUCACCUUCCCCCGAGCAUAUCACGCAGGAUUUAGUCAUGGUUUUAAUUGUGGUGAGGCUGUGA